AUGGACGGAUCUCUCCAGUCUCAGGACGAUGACGACCCCCCGCCUGCCAACCCGGCCGAUACCGGCGCUGCAUCCCCUACACAAGAGUACGAGGAGCAAGCUCAAGCCCACGCCCAAGCCCUGAAGAAGGAGAAGGGUCGUGUGCGUUUCAACAGCAGCGCGGCAGCCACCAAUCCCUUCCUCGACUCAGUUGCUGUCCCUGGAUUAAGCUCUUCGGCGGGUGGUGAACCAACCAUUGUCCAAAAGCCGAAGCCAUCCAUUCUCCGCGAGCCCGAACGCCACGAUGUCGUGGAGAGCGAAACCGCGGCGGCGGCUGCGGCCCAGCAGCGAGCCCAGGAGCGAGCCCGACAGGUAGCUGCCAAGGUCAAGCGGGAUUCGCCCUCGCCACACAAUCGAUACUCGAUUGACUCCGAUGCAGCCGGCACAACGUACAGUGAGGGUGAUUCCACAGCGGAUGGCAGCAACAAUAUUCCACUUCAAGAUCUCAGUCCUCGCCAGGGAUGGCAACAGAUCUCAGCAGAGGAUGAUGAUCGGCACACUACUGAAGCCUCCGACAACAAGCGCGAGGCGCCAGCUGAGCUCAACGAUGGCAGCUACGACGGCCUCUAUAGCGUGGCUAAGCCUGAUCACUACCGCGGGAAUGUGUUAUCUCAGCUGCUUCAGCUCCAGAAGGCGACGACGGGCGAGUCCUCUACGUCGCCGAGCCUCGGCAUCGGCUAUAGUCGCGACCACGCGAACUCGAGCUCAGUGAUCUCGUUUAGCGAGCCAGGUCCCAGCACUCCAGGCUCAUCUGGCACCACUGGGAAUACGACCCCGAGUCGCCAAAAGUGGUACAACCAGAAUCGGUCUCAAGACACCCUCGUCAACCUCAUCGGUGCCUCCGCUCGCCUUGCCAACCCUAACGAGCCCAAGCAUGCUCCAGACGCCAGAACCCAAGGCGGUAAGAAGCGGCCGCCGAUGCAUAAACGCACCGGAAGCGGCUCACGUCUCAGCGCCUUCCUGCAGCAGAGAGAAGAGGAGCAGAUGCGUAUCACGGUCCACAUUGCCGAGAUCAUCUCGCGCCAGGACUACAUCAUCAAGCUGUGCCGCGCCUUGAUGCUCUUUGGCGCCCCAACUCACCGCCUUGAGGAGUAUCUCAGCACAACUGCCAAUAUCCUUGAGAUAGACGGUCAGUUCCUAUACCUGCCUGGUUGCAUGAUCAUCUCGUUUGACGACCGUUCAACGCAUACAACCGAGGUGAGAAUCGUUCGUUCGACCCAGGGUAUCGACCUAGGCCGUCUCAAGGAUACGCACCACAUCUACAAAGAAGUCAUUCACGACGUCAUCGGCGCCGAGGCAGGCUCUAUCAAGCUUGACGACCUUAUGAAGGCCAAAGACAAAUUCCACGCCUGGCUACGCGUCGUAGUAUUCGGUCUCACGAGUGCAACCGCAGCCCCAUUUUCGUUCAGUGCACGCCUCAUUGACCUGCCCCUAGCGUUUUGCUUUGGCUGUCUCGUUGGAACACUGCAGCUCAUUGUUGCCCCUAUGUCAAUGCUGUACAGCAAUGUGCUCGAGGUUAGCGCGACGGUACUCGUCAGCUUUUUGGCGCGUGCUUUUGGAAGCAUCAGGGGCGGCGACUUGUUCUGCUUUUCUGCGCUCGCCCAGAGCGGCAUUGUCAUGCUGCUGCCGGGUUAUGCGGUCCUGUGCUCAGCUCUUGAGCUGCAGUCCCGGGCCAUCGUACCUGGGUCUAUUCGAAUCGUCUACGCUGUCAUCUACUCGUUAUUCCUCGGCUUUGGGAUCACUGUGGGUGCUGCACUGUACGGUAUUCUCGAUGACAACGCCACCUCCGAGACCACCUGUCGCAAUCCCAUUGACAGCUACUACAGCUUCAUCUUCGUGCCGUUGUUUGUCGUCUGCAUCAGCAUGCUGUAUCAAGCCAAGUGGAAGCAGAUGCCUGUCAUGGUGGUGGUUGCUUCUGCUGGUUAUAUUGUCAAUUUCUUUUCUGGCAGGCGCUUCGUUGCUGCACCACAGAUUGCCAAUACUCUAGGUGCGCUUGCUGUUGGCGUUCUCGCCAAUCUGUACUCACGUAUUCGCCAUGGCGUCGCCGCCGCCACGCUCAUUCCAGCCAUCUUUACGCAGGUGCCUGGAGGCCUCGCAUCGACUGGCGGCCUUCUCAGCGGCCUCAGCACCGCCAACUUGAUCACUAACUCGUCCCAUGAGGUCAAUGGUACUGGCUCUGUACAGUACAGCCAGGGCGAGCCCAUCAAUACCGUGGUCUUCAACGUUGCGGCAUCCAUGAUCCAGAUUGCCAUUGGAAUUGCCGUGGGACUGUUCAUCAGCGCCUUGAUCAUUUACCCCGUCGGCAAGCGACGCAGCGGCCUCUUCAGCUUCUGA